CACGUCGGCGGCGCGGCGGCCGGAGCCGGAUGUGCCAAGAUGGCUGCUGCGGCUGCCGGGUCUCUGCUCGUCGCCACAGCCGGGCCGGCUUCCACCCGCGGCUCCUGAGGGGUUGGCCCAGGGGUCGCGGAGGGGCCGGGAGGGAGCCUCGGGCGCCCUGUGGCGCGCCGGAUUGAACAUUAACUUGUAUGAGAAGUAUGAUAUGUAAUCUUAAGAGAGGAGUUGGCUGUUUCUGGAUCUGGUGAUAAUUUACAGGAGAGAUCAGUGUAGCUGGAAGUAAAUCAGACCAGCAGUUAGGUUGUGCUUCAUCUGUGUCCAUGUGGUGGGGGCAUCACAGAGGCAUCAGGCAUUCCAGUUCAAAUUAAGGAAACCCUAUAUCCUGCUUCUUUCUGUAAGUGGAUCUAAUUGUGCAAAAGAUCAGUCAUGCAGCCACCACCCCAGGCAGCCCCAUCAGGCGUGAUUGGGCCACCUCCAGCUGGGACUCCUCAGAGCAUGUUCUGGUCCAACAGACCAUAUAGGAGACAGGCAAAUAAUAACACACCCGUGACUCCAAUAACUUGCCCACUGCAGCCGGUGACGGAUCCAUUUGCUUUUAGUAGACAGGCGCUACAAAGCACAUCGUUGGGCAGUUCAUCCAAAAGCAGCCUGCCCAUUUUGCAAGGCCCGGCCCCAGCAGCGUUCCCUCAGCGCCCUGGUCUGCCUGUGCCUCACACAAAUGCUGGGGAUACUCCCCAAGGACCUGUGUCACAGCCCAGAGCAGAUGGUGGUCUGUUUUCCAGUGUGUUGACCCCUUCAGCACCAUUGGAGUCAGAGUUGAACCGGAGUGCCGACGGUGCUCCCAGCUCAGAACCCGAAGUUCAGACUCUGCCGUGUCCUCAGUACAUUCCAGGAGUGGGUCCUGACGGUUCCCACGGGGGGCAUCCACCCAUAAACCUGCCUGGGCCUGAUAGGCCCCUGAGUACGCAGAACCCGCACGAUGAUGCUCCGGCGUUAGCACCGCCCCCUUUCAUCCCUCAGCCUCAUCAGCCGACGCCAGGCCAGUGGGGGCCAGGGCAGAGCAGUCCACAACCCUCAGGUCAGCACUACUGGCCCCGCCCAGAAGGACCUGUUCAGAAUGCGGUGCCCCAUGCCUCCAGUGUUCCUCAUUUCCCUGCUCCGUCCAACCCGCACCAUGGUCCUGGCCACGAGCAGCUCAACCCACUGAUGCCUUUGCCAGGGCCCUUAGCCAGUGACGGAAGCAACGAGGCAGCCUACCUGCAAAGUGGAAACCACUCAACAAGUAACUUUGAUCCUGAAAAUGCAUUCAGGCAAAAUUCUCAAGCUGGGAAUACUCGGGUGAGCCAGGAGCUCAGGCCAAGUCCAGGAGUGAAUAAAGAGCAGUUGCCAGACCUUGCUCUCAUUAAUCCCCUCACUCAGGGAAAUAGCCCAGAAAGCCAUUUGCACUAUCCCCCGGGGGCUGGGACCAGCCGGGCCCUGCCAGAAGUGGACUCGGGAGCUCUCUCUAUGUUUUUCCAAGGUGGGGAGGCAGAAAAUGAGGAGAACCUCUCAUCUGAAAAAAUAGGCUCUGCUGGUCAGUGUGACUUCGAUGGCUUCUCCCCCAGUCCUGCACUCGGUCAUGCUCCUGCCCAUAUGGGAGCAGGUAGCAUUUACCAGGCCUUUCCCAAAGGUUCCAGCAGUGAGGCCACGCAGCCAGGAGGGCAUCCACAACCUUAUUUUUCUCAGUCUGCAGGUGCCCAGCCUGAUAGACCCACCACAGCAAAUGCUGCCGUCACCCUGUGGGGCAGCACAGCCAAUGCAGGUACGCACGCUGCCAGUAGCUCACAAUCUGAGAACGUGGAGGACCUUGAAUUCAUUCAGAAUCAGGAAGUCCUGCCAAGUGAGCCCCUGAGCUUGGACCCUUCCACCCUGAGUGAUCAGGUCAGAUAUGGGCCCCUUCCCAGGCCAGCCAUCCCCAGGCUCAGUGUUGUGGGCCUUGCUGGAGGCGGGGGCCCAAAUCUCGAGGCACCGGAUUCAGCACCGCACCCUGUACGAUCUGAUAGCCUGUCAUCCAGUUACAGCAGCAAGAGCCACAGGAAUCCUUCGAGUGCAGCCAGGCCCCAAGAAUUGGUAGGUACUUUCAUUCAGCAAGAAGUUGGAAAACCUGAAGAUGAGUCUUCGGGAAGUUUUUUUAAGCAAAUAGAUUCUUCUCCUGUGGGAGGUGAGACAAACGGGACCACCAUGAGCCAGAAUCACCACAGCAGCCUGUCUCAGCCCUCAACCCCCAGCCCCCCAAAACCCACUGGGAUAUUUCAGACAAGUGCAAAUAGUUCAUUUGAACCAGUGAAAUCCCACUUAGUUGGAGUAAAACCAGUUGAGGCCGAUCGGGCCAAUGUGGUGGGUGAGGUGAGAGGAACCGCUGUCUACCAGAAGCAGCGCAGACCCACUGCUGCCCCACCUGACACCUCCCCUGGCAACCUGGAGCAGCCGCCAGACAACAUAGAGACCCUGUUCACACUCCAGGCCUGUUCUCCGCCCUUUACUGUACCUGUGGAGGCCGGGCCUGGGCUCGUGCACACCACUGGACCACCCUUGGAAACUGUGCUUCUGGCAGCUGAGAAAAGGCCUUUGGCUAGAGCCCAGGGAGCUGUGAAGUGUGAGAGCCCAGUGACGACGUUGUGGGCGCAGAACGAGCUGCCAGAUUUUGGAGGCAACGUCCUUCUAGCCCCAGCUGCUCCUGCGUUGCAUGUGCCUGUGAAACCACAGCCAUCUGAAGUGAUUCAGCCUCCAGAUGAGGGCGUGUCUGCUCCGCAGGCCCGGCAGCCAGGCUCCGGCCUCCCUCUGCAGAGUGGGGACAGCAUCGGUGCUUCUGAGAACCUCGAGAAUCCUCCCAAGAUGGGAGAAGAGGAGGCCCUCCCGUCACAGGCAAGUUCUGGCUAUGCCAGUCUGUUAUCCUCACCACCCACUGAAUCUUUGCAGAAUCAACCAGUCUUGAUCGCCCAGCCUGAUCAAAGCUAUAAUUUGGCUCAGCCCAUUAACUUUUCUGUGUCCUUAUCAAGUCCUAAUGAGAAGAAUCAGCCCUGGAGAGAUGCUUUGAUUGGGGAUAAACCCUCCACAAGCAGCCGGGCUGUGGGGGGUGACUCUGGAGACAGCGCUCCUGUGUCUGGGAUCACGGCUGGCUCUCUCACCCGCUCGCCUCUGCCCAGCAGUCUCAUGCAAAGUAGUUUUCCACAAGUUCCUGGCACUUUGGAAAUAGUUUCUAAUCAACCUGCUAAUUUGCUGGUUCAGCCACCACCUCAUCCAGUUCCAAAGAACUUGCUUCCAGAAAACCAAAAGAUUCAUAAUGUGGAGAAUGUUCUUCCUGAGUUGGUCAGUAGCCCUGCUGGAAGCAUAGGCAUGAUGUUAGUGCCACCUGCAAAUGCUACCUCAGUACCUGCUGGUAAUAAGGCAGAUCACUCCAGUAAUCGGGAAGAAACUGCCGGAGCCCUAGACUUUGCGCCUAAUAGGACUUUGGAAAAUCCUCUAAGAAUGUAUAGCCCGUCCCAUUCUGACAGCUCUGCUUGUCCACACACUGUCAGCAGUCAUCCUAGACAACCAGGGCCUGGGCCACAUAACCCAGACUAUUUCUACCAACAGGUGACAAAAGAUGCUCAGGACCAGUGUGGCCUAGAGAGAGCCCAGCAGGAGCCCGCACCGCCUCCCCCACAAGGGCCCAAAGCAGCAUGUUCAGAACCUUCAAACCCAGGAAGUCCACCCAUACAGGGACAGCCCCAAAACUCGGUCCCACCACCUGCAAGUCCAGCUCCGGCUGACACGGGUCAGCAGUUGCCACCACCGCGGCCACCUCGGUCCUCCAGCGCAUCUGUUGUGUCCACCAGCUCGAGCCAGGCAGCUGUGCGGUCGGACCAGCACUGGCUGCAGCCACCGCCUCCAGACUUGGCAUCUUAUUAUUAUUACAGACCCCUGUACGAUGGCUACCAGUCCCAUUACCCAUCGCCCUACCCGCCGGAUCCUGGCACGGUCUCCCUCUAUUACCAGCAGGACAUCUACGGCCUGUAUGAGCCCAGGUACAGGUCCUACGAUAGCGUGGCGCCUGCUUAUGCUGACAGCUACCGCUACCCCGAGCCUGAGCGACCCAGCUCCCGAGCAAGUCACUGCUCAGACCGGCCACCUGCCAGGCAGGGGUACCCCGAAGGUUACUACAGUUCCAAAAGUGGAUGGAGCAGUCAAAGUGACCGCUAUGCAGAUUGUUACUCCAGCCAGUAUGAUUAUGGAGACCCAGGUCGCUGGGAGCGGUACCACUAUGGUUCCAGAUUCCGGGAUCCCCGCACCUGUGACCGGAGGUAUUGGUAUGAUGCUGAAUACGAUCCGUACAGGAAAGAAAGCUAUGCUUAUGGCGACAGGACCGAGAGGUAUGAUGACCCCUGGAGAUAUGACCCUCGCUUCACUGGCAGUUUUGACGAUGACCCCGAGCCCCACAGGGACCCUUACGGGGAAGACGUGGACAGGCGCAGCGUGCACAGCGAGCGCUCGGCCCAGAGUCUGCGCAGCAGCUUCAGCUCCCACUCCCGUCAGAGUCAGGUUUACAGAAAUCAUGGUGUGACUGCUGCUUCCUACGAGGCCCCGCCUCCCCCCGGCUCCUUGCCUGGCGAUUAUGCCUACGGCGCCUAUGGCAGCAAUUUUGGCAGUGCGCAGGGCUUCCCAGAGUACAGCUACCCUGCUGAAGGUGGCUGGCCUGCCACGGAGCAAGCUCCAUCAAGACCAACUUCCCCGGAGAAGUUCUCCGUGCCUCAUGUCUGUGCCAGGUUCGGUCCUGGGGGGCAGCUCAUUAAAGUGAUCCCAAAUCUGCCUUCCGAAGGACAGCCUGCGCUGGUUGAGAUUCACAGCAUGGAGACCUUGCUGCAGCACACGCCGGAGCAGGAGGAGCUGCGCUCGUUCCCAGGACCGCUUGGCAAAGAUGAUACCCAUAAGGUGGAUGUUAUUAAUUUUGCACAGAAUAAAGCUACAAAAUGUUUGCAGAAUGAAAAUUUAAUUGACAAAGAGUCUGCAAGUCUUCUUUGGAAUUUUAUCGUUCUCUUGUGCAGACAGAAUGGGACUGUGGUGGGAACAGACCUUGCGGAGCUUUUGUUACAAGACCACAAAACUGUGUGGCUUCCUGGGAAGUCACCCAACGAGGCCAACCUGAUUGAUUUUACUAACGAGGCUGUGGAGCAAGUGGAGGAGGAGGAGUCUGGGGAGGCCCAGCUCUCGUUUCUCACUGACAGCCAGGCAGCCAGCAGCAGUGCUCUUGAGAAGGAGACCGAGAGGUUCCGGGAACUGCUGCUAUAUGGCCGCAAGAAGGAUGCUUUAGAGUCUGCGAUGAAGAAUGCCUUAUGGGGUCAUGCUCUGUUACUUGCAAGUAAGAUGGAUAGCCGGACACACGCCCGCGUCAUGACCAGGUUCGCCAACAGUCUUCCCAUCAAUGACCCUCUGCAGACAGUGUACCAGCUGAUGUCAGGGCGGAUGCCUGCCGCAUCCACGUGUUGCGGAGAUGAGAAGUGGGGAGAUUGGAGGCCACAUCUUGCUAUGGUUUUGUCCAACCUGAGCAGCAAUGUGGAUGUGGAGUCCAGGGCGAUGGCCACCAUGGGUGACACUCUGGCUUCAAAAGGUCUCUUAGAUGCUGCACACUUUUGCUACCUCAUGGCCCAGGUCGGAUUGGGAGUUUAUACAAAGAAAACCACAAAACUCGUCUUAAUUGGAUCGAACCACAGUUUGCCGUUUUCAAAGUUUGCAACCAAUGAAGCUAUUCAGAGGACAGAAGCCUAUGAAUAUGCCCAGUCUCUUGGGGCACAGACCUGCUCCUUCCCCAAUUUCCAGGUGUUCAAGUUCAUCUACUCGUGCCGCCUGGCUGAGAUGGGGCUGGCCACACAGGCCUUCCACUACUGCGAGGUCAUUGCCAAGAGCAUCCUGCUGCAGCCCCACAAGUACUCGCCCGUGCUCAUCAGCCAGCUGGCUCAGAUUGCGUCCCAGCUGCGGCUCUUUGACCCACAGCUGAGAGAGAAGCCGGAGGAGGAGUCCUUUGUUGAGCCUGCCUGGCUGGCCCAGCUGCACCGCGUGGACAAGCAGGUCAAGGAGGGUGCCACAGUGUGGAGUCAGGAUGGGACCUUCCCCCAGCGCUGCCCCAGCACACCGAGCUCCGAGGCAGGGCACUACGAUGGCCCAGCGCUUGCCCAGCCAGGGGGCCCGGGCACCAGCAAUCCGCUACUGGCGCCGCCCUUGUCCAGCGCUGAGCACUUUGGCCAGGGUGUGCGGCUGCUGCCUUCAGCUCCGUCAACGCUCCCUGCCAGCCAGUCAGCCGUCCCUGCCAGGGUGCCACUGUUCCCGGUGCUGCCACCUGAGGGCCCUGUUGAGCUGGGGCCUGGCUGUGGACCCCAAGGGGCUGCCCUUGGCUUUCCAGAGCCCUCUGGGCCUGACCCUGUGGCUCCGUACCUGGGGCCUGGCCUGCCACCUGGUGUGCCACCUCUGCAGGGAAGUGAGCAGGAGGCCAGGACCCAGGACCCAGGGGUGUUGCCACCAGAGGCGCUUGGUAGAAACUCACUUCUGGAGCUGAGAGAAGAGGGUUUUGGUGGAAAAUUUGCUAAUCUGGGCCCCUCCAGGAUGUCCCAGGACUCUGAGGUCCCUCCAGGGUGGGAGUGUGCCAGCUCAGGUGCUCUGCAGCCGCCACUGACGUCCGCUCCCGAAGUGAAGAGACCUACACAAGCAGCCAGGAAAGAGGCCAAGGAGCCUAAGAAGAGUAGUGAAUCCUGGUUCUUCCGUUGGCUCCCGGGGAAAAAAAGGACAGAAGCUUAUUUGCCAGACGACAAGAACAAAUCGAUCGUCUGGGAUGAAAAGAAGAACCGGUGGGUGGAUGUAAAUGAGCCGGAGGAGGAGAAGAAGGCUCCGCCCCCCCCACCAGCCUCGCUCCCCAAGGUUCCGCUUGCUGGGCCCCCUGGUCCUGGAGGGCCCCCGAGGGCCUCUGUGAACAUGUUUUCUAGGAAAGCAGCAGCUGGAGCCAGAGCACGCUACGUGGACGUUUUAAACCCAGGGGGCCCUCAGCGGAGCGAGGCAGCUCCUGCUCCUGCAGAGUUUUUUGCUCCUCUUGCCCCGCUCCCGAUUCCUCCUCACUUGUUUGGACCAAAUGCAGACGCAGAGGAAGCCCCGCCCGCAGAGGGUGCCGCAGGGGGUUCGGCCAACCCAGAACCUGCCUCAGAGCCCCAGGUGUUUAGCUCGGCGGCGGCACUCCCCGGUCCUGAGCUCCCACCUGCCCGCGAGGACAGCUCCCAAGGAGGGGAGCUUUCACGCUGUAGUUCAAUGAGUUCAUUAUCACGUGAAGUAAGCCAGCAUUUUUAUCAGGCUCCCAGCGACCACGCCCCCACAGGGGGCGUCCCCGGGCCGGCCGUGCCCUUCUACAGCCAUGCUCCGUUUGCACAGGCCUCUGCCACCUCGGGAGGCUCAAGGAUGGGGAGGACUGGCCAGAGGAAGUACCCAGUGUUGAGCUAGGAGAGUCCCCAUCCUGGAGCCGUAUCCUGAAGCCUGAAAUCCUUAUGAUGCUCCACCAAGAACUUCAACAGACCACCUGCAGCAUCCCUGUGUUCCUGGAUGGGCAGCUGUGUCUCCACGUGACAUAGUUGCUCUUCCUCCACCGCUUCUGUCCCUGAAGGAUGGCCCAAGUCAGGUGCAGCUCCAGAAGGACGCUGGCUGGGACGGGAGCUCUCUGGCUCUGUCAUUUUUUACCUAGCAGUGACUUAAGGGUCAGACAGGCUCAGUUGUGGAAGAGUGUCAUGCUGGGUGGGGCUGGAGGCAUUUUUGUUACAGGAAGGACUUCGCUCUUGAGGAACCCGGGUGUCUCUGAGAACCUAACCAUGCACAGUGAACAGCGAGCCUUGGGCCCAGAGGAGGCUCCGCUGCCCGCCUGUGGCCCUGGGAGGUCCUUUCUGCAUCAAAGCCCUCAAGGAAAUGUGGACUUGGUUUAGUAAGAAUUCGGUUAGCUUUUGAGGGAGGCCCGAAUCGCUGAAGUGCAUCUCCAUCCGGUAGCAAAGACGUUUCCAGCUUCUUCUGUCUGUGUCCCACACAACCCAGGGGGACUGGCUUUGCCCGUGCACGAGGGGCGACCCUGUCUUUCCCACCCAGGACCAGUCCAUGUUAACCCACCGGUACUAAAACUGUCACCACAACAAAUCUGAUUUGGGUUUUUUCCGUAUGUGAGUAGUGGGAUUAGGUUCCUCGGGGAACCGCUAGGGAUGGCCACGCUGCCUGUGCCAGAGUCACGACUGGUCCUCACGGUGCGAUCCACUUGCCUUGCUUUCUCAGGGGGUGGUGACAUCUUGAAGAGAGGGGUGGAAAAUACUUCUUGACUCGUGCUCUGCAUCUAAGGCUCUGCCUCUGUUCUACCCACCUCAGCAUCUUCUGCAGGCAGCGUGCUACUGCAGUCACAGGAAACCAGAAGGGAGAGCCCUCCCCCUGGACUCCAAGCUUUACGGCUUCAUCGACUGUUCCUGAAAUUACUCACAUUCUUGUUAGGUCUGAAGAGACUGCAGAAAAGAUUUAAAUAUUUAUAAGAAUCAUUAGGAAAUAAUUUCUGUAGGUUCUGCUGGGGAACGUAGUUUGCUUGGUGUUUUAAAUCUGAGUACAGAAAUGGUAAAAACGUGGAAUUCGUGCAGGCCUCCCCAUUUCCCCGGGUCCCUGGGUCAUCCAGGAAAGGCCACUGAAGGUUUCUCGUGUGUCGCCUACGGGCAGGCUCAAUACAUCUGUUCCUGUCACUUUGAGAGAGUCCGGGUUGAAGGGGCAGCAUCCUUGCGUCCCUUGGUGCGCAGUGGGGGUCCUGGGCCCCCAGACCUUCCCGGCACCCUCGGCAGCCCCCCAUCUGGCCUGCCCACCGUUGUCUGCGCCGACUUCCACCGACUUUUGGUUCAAGAAGCUCCCUUCCGGCCCGGCGGGAGCUGUUAUUUUCCUAAGUGCAAAUUGUUACACUGCAAAUUGGUAAAUAAAGUAUUUUGCGCUCGCAGGCGCUAUCA